CGUUCCAAACUUCAACCAGCUAUAUCAUGCGCUUUGUGCGUAAUUCGGAACGCACUCAUAAUAAAUUUAUUAGUAGAAAUGGACAUGAAAGCGUUAUUUGGUGGGUUUUUCUUCUUUACGUGUCACGUGGUCAAAAUGUGAACGUUGACCAGCCUGCACGAGAAUCAAGAGAUACUCGAGAUCAGAUUGUAUACGGCUACUUCGAGACUUGUGACUGUGACCACGAAACGAGACUCACAAUCGGUACGAGUACGUAGGGCGAGGUGCGGGAGGGGGAGGGGGGAGAAAAAGCGAGAGGGAGCCAGGAGACGGAGGUAUCCUGGGCAAGUUGCCGAUAAAUUUCUUUGCAUUCUGGCGAACAAGCACGGCGCGCUUAGAUGUACGUAACGUUCGAGUUAGUUCGAGUACAUGCAGUCGUUUGUUUUCUCACGAUUGUAGGAAACGAGAUCGUUCUUGAGAACGACGUCAUUCAAUCGUAAAGUUAUUGCAACGGUAACAAUAACGACGAGAGAGAGAGAGAGAGAGAGAGAGAGAGAGAGAGAGAGAAACUCUGUUUGGUGAAUAUCGCAUCUUUGACUUGCGAGUUAUCGUUAUCACGCUGACACGCCGAAAGAGAAAAAAGAAUUCACGGUGAUUCAUGGAGGACGCAAACGGAAAUGCGGAAGAGGACACAAACGAAGAUACAGAGGAUACGGCGAUCGCGAGCGAGCGGGGCACGCCGGAAGGAUUGAAUUCCCUCGAGGAUUCGGUUCCAACGUCGUUGGAGAUGGAACAGUCCGAGAUCGGUCGGAGAACGAGUAUCUUCAAAUUUUACUCGUACAAGAACGCAGAUACAAUGACGAACACGGUGAAAAAAACAGGACCCCUUAUUGGUGUAAUUGAUGUUGGCACGCGCACUGUUCGCUUUGUGGUAUUUAAUGCAAAGCACGUCGCGGAGGUUGCAUCUCAUCAAAUCGACAUAGAGCAAAUCAGUCCGCAAGAGGGAUGUGUGGAGCAGGACCCCAAAGAGAUUCUUUUUGCGGUAAAGGCCUGCAUUAAGGAUGUAAUUCGCAAAUUGGACAUACUGGGUAUGAAGAUUGACGAAAUCGUUACAGUGGGUAUUACCAACCAGAGAGAAACUACAAUAGUGUGGGAUGCGAUUACCGGCGACCCACUUUAUAAUGCCAUAGUGUGGUCCGAUAUCAGAACCGACGCGAUUGUAGACCAGAUUAUAGCGAAGUUUCCGGAUCAAAGUAAAAAUCAUUUGAAAUCUUUAUGCGGUUUACCUGUGAGCCCAUACUUCUCGGCUUUGAAGAUUCGUUGGUUGAAAGACAACGUACCGGCGAUAAAGAAAGCAAUUCGUGAGAGGCGAUGCAAAGUGGGAACCAUGGAUACAUGGGUUGUUUGGAACUUAACGGGAGGCAAAGACGGUGGACUAUAUAUCACUGAUGUUACGAACGCGUCGAGAACGAUGUUAAUGAAUAUAGAAACGCUCUCGUGGGACCCUACGUUAUGUAGAUAUUUCGACAUUCCUAUGCAAAUGCUGCCGGAGAUCAGAAGCAGUUCCGAGAUAUAUGGCAAAAUCUUGAUUGGUCCGUUGUCUGGCAUUCCGAUAUCCGGUAUUUUAGGAAAUCAACAAUCUGCUUUGAUCGGACAAAAUUGUUUGAAGAAGGGUCAAGCGAAAAAUACGUAUAGGAGUGGCUGCUUUUUACUGUGUAACACCGGGCAUACUAGAGUAUACUCUUCUCAUGGAUUGGUUACGACCGUCGCAUAUCAAUUAGGUCCGAAGAGUCCACCUGUUUACGCAUUGGAAGGUUCAGUUGCGGUUGCAGGUGCAGCUAUUAAAUGGCUACGGGAUAAUAUGAAACUCAUAAAAGAUGUUCAUGAAAGUGAACACUUAGCUCAAAGUGUAUUUAGUACGGGAGACGUCUAUUUUGUACCCGCCUUCACAGGGUUAUAUGCACCUUAUUGGAGAAAAGAUGCAAGGGGAAUAAUUUGUGGACUUACUGCAUUUACUACGAAGCAACACAUAAUUAGAGCGUCCCUCGAAGCAGCAUGCUUUCAAACCAGAGACAUCCUUGAGGCAAUGUACAAAGAUUGCGGAUUUCCGUUAACGAAGUUAAAUACAGACGGAAAAAUGUCGACUAACAAUCUGCUUAUGCAACUGCAGGCCGACUUAUGCGGUACACCAGUAUUUAGGUCAACUAUGCCUGACAUCACGGCCUUAGGUGCAGCGAUGGUUGCCGGACAUGCUGCAGGGAUAGAUGUUUGGGAUCUGGAAGGCGAGGAAGUAGAAACAGUACCAACCGACACUUUUCUUCCAACUACCACACCGGAAGAAAGGGACGCCAGGUAUAAGAAAUGGAAAAUGGCGGUGGAAAGGAGCCUAGGUUGGGCAACAGGAAAAAUGUCUGACCAAAUGACAGAUGAAAGGUACUGCAUACUGGCAUCCAUUCCUGCCAGUUGGUUUUUAAUAUCGAGCUUUGUUCUCCUGCGGUUAAGUUAUUACAUAGGGAAGCGGUGACAGCAAGUCAACAUUAUCGAUAUGCAAGUUCUCGUAGACAGCGGAUAGCCUUAAUUGCAACUCAUUGCAGAAAAAACUUGGUGACUGUAUAGCUUGCUCACUCAUAUAUACAUCGAUACGACGACGAGUAACGUAUUAAGAAAUGAUCAGAGAGAUAAUAUUGCUUCUUUAGAUGCGUUCCAUACAUUUGGAUGCGUUUUAUCAGAGUUACACAUUCAUAGCGUGAUCCUCAUCGAGGACAAAUACGCUAAUCAUUGGUUUUCGAAUUUGGAAAUGAAUAAUGUAACGAGCACAAAAUGUACAUUAUAUGUGUUUAUUUAUAUUUCUCAUUUUAUUUUUUGUGAAAUAACGAUAUUAGAUUUCUUGUAGGAUUGAGAUGAAACAAUAGAAUUUUUUGUGAGAUUUGUACUUCGAAUUUACUUUGUCG